GUGUGUGUGUGUGUGUCUGUGACAUACCAGGAGAAGGAGGAGAAGAUGCAUACCAUAGGGAUCGGUGUCCAAUCAUGAUCACACGGCCCUCCCUCGACCAUGACCUGCUGCUACAAGGAAGGAUGGGAAGAAGAAUCCACAUCGGUGAGUGUGAUAUUCGUGGAAAUUUCUGCUUUUCUCUUUCUGACGGACCAGUUUCACUGUCAGCUUCACCUCCUCGCCGACAUUGCAUAUAUAGAUAGCACCACUACUUCUUCUUCUACAGUGCUGGUACUAGUACUACUAGUGCUGGGAGGGGAGGGGGAGCAAUCAAGCAGUCGCGCCGCACGUGACCAUCCAUCCAUCCAAGAAAGAGAGAGAAACAGAGAGCGAGCGGAGAAGGCAACGCACGCCAAUUAACACGCUGCCCAAGGAAACGAACAAGGAAGGAGCGAAGCCACCAAACCAAACACCUAACGCUACUCCCUCCUGCUUCUCCCCCCCUUCUCCUCCCCUCUCCCCUGUUAGUUAGCGCAGCGGCAUUGCCCGGCGGCUGGUGGUCGUGGGCAUGAUGAUGCGGCGGGUGGCGCCGCCCUCGUCGGAGGACGACAGCUCGGGAUCCGGCGUGCCCGGCUGGCUGGAGGCGCUCCUGGGCACCCGCUUCUUCCUGGCCUGCGCGGCGCACCCGGGCUCCCCGCGCAAUGAGUGCAACAUGUUCUGCAUCGACUGCCGCGCCACGCCCGCUGCAUUCUGCUACUACUGCCGCUCCCACCGCCACGCGUCGCACCGGGUCAUCCAGAUACGGCGGUCGUCCUACCACGACGUGGUGCGCGUCACCGAGGUGGAGGACGUCCUCGACAUCGCCGGCGUCCAGACCUACGUCAUCAACAGCGCCAGGGUCCUCUUCCUCAACGAGCGGCCCCAGCCGCGCGGCGCCGGCGCCGCCGCGGGGAAGGCCGCCGCGUCUCCCUACAACUGCGAGAUCUGCGGCCGCGCGCUGCUCGACCCCUUCCGCUUCUGCUCCCUCGGAUGCAAGUUGGUGGACACCAAGACGCACGGGCACGGACACGGGCACGGGGCCACCGUCGUCGGCAAAGUCGACGGCGGCGGCGGCAGCGGCAGCGAGGCCGAGGCCGGCGGCAGCAAGAACGGCGCGCGGCCCCAAGGUCGGCGGCGGAAGGGGACACCCCACCGGGCGCCGUUCGGUUCGUGACCAAUGCCGCCCAUCCAAUCCAUCCAUGAUCAAAAGGUGAAACGGCAGUGCCAGGAAAGAUUCCAUGGGAAGGAAGAGCACGCAAAAAGGAAGAACUCCGCCUACUCCUCACAUAUCAAGAAAGGAAAGAAGAAGAAAAAAAGAAAUGAGAAAAGAUAGCACCGCCCAACCAGAAAGAGAAGCCAACCACCAUGGAAUGGAAUGGAAGGAGUAAGCGACAUGUCCAUCUCAACCUCUCCCCCUCAUCUCUCUCUCUCUCUCUCUCUCUCUCUCUCUCUCUCUCCUCCCAUCUCACCAUACCAAUAGGCCAUACCAGCAUUUGGUAGGUACAUGACUCUAGCAGCCAGUCCUAGAAGCAUUUUUCUGAUGGAUUAUUCUUUUACGAAAAAUACCGCUUAAUUAACAGCAAUAUCUACAUCGAUCGGUCGAUUGCGAAAUUCGCAUAGUACAUUGCUCAUUGUUCCCACAUUAACACCCUCUUUUCCGUUGUGAGACAAGAUCGACAUUGUUAAUUGAUUAUUUAGCACAUUGUGACUGCUAGCUCCAUUUGUACUCACUCCUCCGUGUGGGAGAGAAGAAUCUACAUAUACUACAUACAAUGCAGGCCUAGGAGGAAUGAAAGAAAGGAAGAUGAUUGUCUUUAUGCUUGUCUCUUGAUUUGACCUAGCCAACGCAACAUUGCUGCUGAUUCAUUUCA